AUGUCCCGACAAUACCCCAUCACGUCCUUUCAAGGACUUCCUCACGAUAUCUAUUUCGAAAUCUCAAAGUUUAUUGGUGUUAGAGAUUGUCUUAGACUAGCAGCAACAACUCGGGACUUGCACGAAGUCUUCAAUCCAAAGACAAUCCUAAGACGUGAACAAGUCCUCGAAUUUGUCACUGAGCGCGAUGAGAAUCUACGCUGGAUAGGACACGACCUCUAUGCUUGCACCAACUGCCUGCAAUUUCUACCAAAGAGGAAAUUCGUAGAUUCGGAGUGGUUUUACGUUCUAAGCCUGGCACCACGGUUUUGUCUUGACUGCACUGGCGCUUUGAGGUUACGACCUCACUUGGAGCUGGCUUUCUGCGCAGACAGCAUAUUGGAAUAUUACUUCUGCAAUAACUGUGGAGGUUAUGGCACGGAAUCUGCUAGGUGUUACGGAGAACGAAUCUAUUCCGACACAACAGAAGCUGAAGCUGCAAUGGCCAGGACGCUUUGUAUACAACCUCGGCGCCAACCACAGGGGAUCGAGAAACUUCCCACGCACAUUUUGGCAACGAUAGCGUCGUUCCUCGACUUUAAGGAUGUGCUGAACCUUACUCGAGCCAGCACCAAGUUAAACGACGUCGUCAAGCCAAAGGAAUGGGUCCCGCUGCAUAAGCGAUAUGCAUUCGUUGCAUACACAUGGUUCAGGCGAGUCCAGGACUUGCCAUUCGACGAAGUCCCAGUGUUCCCCUGUUUGAUAUGCUGCAAGAUUUAUUUCAGGUUUAGGUUUUCGGAAACAUCCCUUGAAAGGAUUGAAAACCACCCCGAAAAACUUUGGAAAACUUAUUGCGACCACUGUCGAGAGCUGGGAAGCGAGAAAUGGAAUAUUGUUUCAAUAGAACAGCGACGAAGAGAACUGUGCCAGGCAUGCGGAUGUGUCAAGUAUAAACGAAAAACAUGCGAACAUUGCCGGGAGCUUUACAUUGAAGGAGCCAUUGAUCGGAAGACAGUUUACCCACCGGCGGUUGAGAUUGAAGAGAUCUUGCCCUCGCUGGAAGAUCUAUUCACCACGACAUGCCGGAAGGAGAGUAAGGAGGUGGAGAGGCCAAGGCAAGAUAUGUCAAUGCAAGAGAGGCCAAGGGAAGUGAGGUCGAUGCAAGCGAGGUCGAGGCAAGAGAGUCAAUGGCAAGGGAGGCCAUGGCAGCAGAGAGCAGAGCAGGAGAUACAGAUACACAUAUUCGCAGGUUCUGAGGUGUAUUGUAUAUAG